ACAGAGUAUUUCGGCACCAUUGGCAUCGGAACUCCUGCCCAGGACUUCACUGUCAUCUUUGAUACCGGCUCCUCCAACCUGUGGGUGCCCUCGAUCUACUGCUCCAGCGCUGCCUGCACCAACCACAACCGCUUCAACCCUGAUAAGUCUUCCACCUAUGAGGCCACCAGCGAGACGGUCUCCAUCACCUAUGGCACCGGCAGCAUGACAGGCAUCCUCGGCUACGACACCGUCCAGGUUGGAGGCAUUGAAGACACCAACCAGAUCUUUGGCCUGAGCGAGACGGAACCCAGCUCCUUCCUGUAUUACAGCCCCUUUGACGGCAUUCUGGGUCUGGCCUACCCCAGCAUUUCUGCCUCUGGGGCCACACCUGUCUUUGACAACAUAUGGGACCAGGGCCUAAUUUCUCAGGACCUCUUCUCCGUCUACCUGAGCUCGUAA